AUGAACAAGGCGAAAACCUGGCGCAAUUUCCUUUGCCACGGGGACAUCACCAAUCUUAUGUUUCUGCACGACGUGAUAGACAAUGACAGCAGGCAUUGUUUGUUGGAGUACAACAAUAAACAACAACAAUGCGUACAUAUAGUCGCAUCGGAACCCAACGCUGUGGAGAAAAUGAAGCUCCUGGUCCUGUGGGGAGCUAAUAUCAAUGGAAAGGAGGGUAAAAACGGCGAUACUGCUUUGCACAUCGGAGUCAAGAUGAAGGACUACGAGCUAGUGGAGUGGCUCUGCAGACUGCAGGAUAUAAACCGUGAGUUGGUGAAUAACGAAUGUAGGACUCCUUUCCACAUCGCGUUUAUGAAUAGAGAUGAGAAAAUGAUGAGAAUAUUGAAAGAAAAUGGCGCCACGGGCAGACUUCCUUUGCAGUCAGAAUCAAAUUCUGCAGACGAGGACUACGAGCCGCAUAAGAUAUCCCUGAAGCACGUGUAG